CGGAGUUAAAAGUGAUGCUCGCGGAGGGAAGCACACUGAGAUGCACGAAGAUUCAUCGGGGAAGAGACGCUCUGCGAAGAGAAGAGAAGGAAUGAGAGCGUAGAAACGCCGGCGUGGGCAGCGCGGACCAGGCUCGUCGGUUUCACCGCUACCUAAGGAGAAACAGACGAUUCAUUGAAUUUGAUAUCUUGCUGAAGCCGUAGAUAAUGAGGACUUAUCAUUGCCUACCAUUAUUCGUCUGGACCUAUGUGUUCCAUACAUUUGAUGCUAUUCCAUUACAAGAAAAAGCUAACAAUUAUUUAUCAAGCAAAAGGAUAGUGGGUCUGACAAAAGAUGAUGGUAAAAUGCUGCAUCGUACCAAGCGUGGCUGGAUGUGGAACCAGUUCUUCUUGUUGGAAGAGUAUACAGGUACAGACACACAAUACGUAGGCAAGCUGCACACUGACCAAGAUAAAGGAGAUGGAAAUUUAAAAUACAUCUUAACAGGAGACGGGGCUGGCAGCCUUUUUGUUAUAGAUGAAAAUACAGGAGAUAUUCAUGCUGCAAAGAAAUUAGACAGAGAAGAAAAAUCUCUGUACAUUCUUCGUGCCAAGGCAAUAGACAGAAAGACUGGAAGACAAGUAGAACCUGAAUCUGAAUUUAUCAUUAAAAUCCAUGACAUCAAUGAUAAUGAACCAAAAUUCACCAAAGAGUUAUACACUGCAAGUGUUCCUGAAAUGUCUGGAGUUGGUACGUCUGUUCUACAAGUGACUGCAACAGAUGCAGAUGAUGCCAAUUAUGGAAAUAGUGCCAAAGUGGUCUACAGUAUACUGCAAGGACAGCCAUACUUUUCAGUGGACCCAGAGUCAGGCAUAAUAAAAACUGCAUUGCCCGACAUGAGCAGAGAAAAUAAAGAGCAUUACCAAGUGGUUAUACAGGCCAAGGACAUGGGUGGUCAAAUGGGAGGACUUUCUGGAACCACCACCGUGAACAUCACCCUCACUGAUGUAAAUAACAACCCACCCCGAUUUCCCCAGAGUACAUAUCAGUUCAAUUCUCCUGAGUCUGUACCGCUUGGAACGCAUCUUGGCAGGAUAAAAGCCAAUGACCCUGAUGUGGGGGAAAAUGCUGAGAUGGAAUAUAGUAUUGCUGAAGGAGAUGGAGCAGAUAUGUUUGAUGUCAUUACCGACAAGGAUACACAGGAAGGGAUUAUAACUGUCAAACAGAAUUUAGAUUUUGAAAACAAAAUGCUAUACACUUUAAGAGUAGAUGCAAGUAACACUCACCCGGAUGCACGAUUCCUACACCUGGGCCCUUUCAAAGACACAGCCGUGGUGAAGAUCUUUGUGGAAGAUAUAGAUGAGCCUCCUGUGUUCAGUAAAAUUUCUUACUUGAUAGAAGUAGAUGAAGAUGUAAAGGAAGGCAGCAUCAUUGGCCAGGUCGCAGCUUAUGACCCAGAUGCCAUGAACAAUUUAAUAAAAUACUCUGUAGAUCGGCAUACUGAUAUGGACCGGAUUUUUAGUAUACAUGCAGAAAAUGGCUCUAUUUUCACUUUGAAAUCCCUAGAUCGAGAAUCAUCUCCUUGGCACAAUAUCACCAUUACAGCCACAGAAAUAAAUAACCCAAAACAAAGUAGCCAGAUACCAGUCUUCAUCAGAAUUCUAGAUAUAAAUGACCAUGCUCCAGAGUUUGCCAUGUACUAUGAAACCUUUGUUUGUGAGAAUGCAAAACCUGGGCAGCUGAUCCAGACAAUCAGUGUCAUGGAUAAAGAUGACCCCCCUCGAGGUCACAAAUUCUUCUUUGAACCAGUGCCAGAAUUCCCCCUCAAUCCCAACUUCACCAUUGUCGAUAAUAAAGAUAAUACGGCCGGGAUCAUGACCCGGAAGGAUGGGUACAGCCGCCACAAAAUGAGCACCUACCUGUUGCCCAUUUUGAUCUUUGACAACGACUACCCCAUCCAGAGCAGCACGGGCACGCUCACCAUCCGCGUGUGCGCCUGCGACCGCCACGGCCACAUGCAGUCCUGCAGCGCGCAGGCCCUGGCGCUGGCCGCCGGCCUCAGCACCGGCGCCCUCGUGGCCAUCCUCCUGUGCGUGCUCAUCCUGCUGGUCCUAGUGGUGCUGUUCGCCGCGCUGAAGAGGCAGCGGAAGAAGGAGCCCCUGAUCGUGUCCAAAGACGACGUCCGGGACAACAUCGUGACCUACAACGACGAAGGCGGAGGGGAGGAGGACACGCAGGCCUUCGACAUCGGCACCCUGCGCAACCCCGAGGCCAGGGAAGACAGUCAGCUGCGAAGGGAUGUCCUGCCCGACCCGAUUUUCCAAAUCCGGAGGACCGGGCCUCUCUGGGAGAACAUCGACGUGCAAGACUUCCUCCACCGGCGCUUGAAAGAGAACGACUCGGACCCCAGCGCGCCCCCCUAUGACUCGCUGGCCACCUACGCCUACGAGGGGAACGACUCGGUGGCCGACUCGCUCAGCUCCCUGGAAUCGCUCACGGGGGCGGACGUCAAUCAGGAUUACGACUACCUAAGCGACUGGGGGCCGCGGUUCCGCAAACUCGCCGACCUGUACGGGGGUGAUGACAGUGACCGGGACUGAGCCGCGUCCUUAGACGACCUCGGUGCCGGUUCCUAAUUUGUGCUUAGGCGGGGUGGGGGGCCCUGCGCGUCCUCUCUCCCUCCCUCCCUCCCUCCGGCGGGGCGCGGGGCACGUCUUUGAAAUUGACAUUCUGAAACAAUCCAUGGUGUUGUCUUAGUAAGGAUUUGCUUGACCAGUCCGUGUCCGUGAAUGAUUUACGAAUGCGUAGACCUGUUAACGAGUCGUAACUAACCGGUUCACCCUCUCUGCCUAAAGAACAAUCUCCGGAACGAAAGCAUAUUGUCAAUAAUCAAUGGAAAGUACGGAUAAAAGGCUUUCUGUGCCUUUUUUCUUAGCUCUCAUGACUUUAUAAAUGUUUUCUUAAUGGGCGUCUAGUUCACCUUUACUAGGAAAGCAUUGUGCAAUUGCUUUGUAAAUUAAUAACGGAAAAAAAAUAUAUAUAUAUAUGUAUCCCUAAAGAAAUAGGAAUGCCUAUUACUGCCAUAUUUAUUUAGUUGGGGAAAAAAAAAAGGUCUUUGUGUUAAUUCAUUCAUAUUUUUAUAAAUGUAUAUUUAUAUUUUUGUAUUUUUAUGCAAUAAACGAAUCUUUAUAAAAUAACUUUCAUUUUAUGUGAUUUCUAAAGGCAUAUCUGAUCUCAUUUACGGAAGAUUAUUUUGUUUGUUUUUCGGGCCACACCGGGUAGUUCCGAAAAGUUCUGUGUAUGAGGGUCAAUCCUGGUGGUAGUCAGGGGGGUGGGGGUCAGGGAUUAAACUCAACGUUCUAACAGGCAAAACAUUUUUUUUUUUUUUGCACACCUCAUUGAAUCUAUUCUUUGGCCCCUUAGAUUGAUUUAUUUAGUUUAGAUUAAACAAUGUUUCAGAUAAAUCUUAAAGGUAAAAGAUUUCAUAAUGAAGUAAAAAAGAAAGAUUUACUCAGGGAAAAGCAAUUAAAUCCUUGCAUACAUUUAGAACUAAAAUGUCACGAGGCUAUACUAGAGCUUUUGUAUAAAUUGUGAUUUUUCUGUAUUAACCAUUUAAAUGUGGACAAGUGCUUAUUGGAUCACAGGUGUAAUCCAUUAGUGGGAUAUUAGGCACAUUUUAAAUAAAAAUUGUAAUAUUUUUGCAAAUAAGAGACUACGAUUUUUGUAUAACUCUUAGCUA